CGCCGGCGGGCGGGGCGCGGCGGGGCGCGGCCGGCAGCCAUUGGCCGGCGCGGGGGCGGCGCGGGGCGGAGGCGGCCGGGUCCAGUGCCCCGGAGCGCCGCGGGCCCGCAGUCGCCGCCGCCGUCCCGAGAGCCAGUGCCCGAGCGCAGAGCCGCGCGCGCCAUGAGGGAGAUCGUGCACAUCCAGGCGGGCCAGUGCGGGAACCAGAUCGGCACCAAGUUUUGGGAAGUGAUCAGCGACGAACAUGGCAUCGACCCUGCCGGAGGCUACGUGGGUGACUCGGCGCUGCAACUGGAGAGAAUCAACGUCUACUACAAUGAGUCAUCCUCUCAGAAAUACGUGCCCAGGGCUGCCCUGGUGGACCUGGAGCCCGGCACCAUGGACAGUGUGCGGUCCGGGCCUUUCGGACAGCUCUUCCGGCCUGACAAUUUCAUCUUCGGCCAGACGGGCGCAGGGAACAACUGGGCGAAGGGCCACUACACGGAGGGCGCGGAGCUGGUGGACGCGGUCCUGGACGUGGUGCGGAAGGAGUGCGAGCACUGCGACUGCCUGCAGGGCUUCCAGCUGACGCACUCGCUGGGCGGCGGCACGGGGUCCGGCAUGGGCACCCUGCUCAUCAGCAAGAUCCGCGAGGAGUACCCCGACCGCAUCAUGAACACCUUCAGCGUCAUGCCCUCGCCCAAGGUGUCGGACACGGUGGUGGAGCCCUACAACGCCACCCUGUCCGUGCACCAGCUGGUGGAGAACACGGACGAGACCUACUGCAUCGACAACGAGGCGCUCUACGACAUCUGCUUCCGCACCCUGAAGCUGACCACGCCCACCUACGGCGACCUCAACCACCUGGUGUCGGCCACCAUGAGCGGGGUCACCACCUCGCUGCGCUUCCCGGGCCAGCUCAACGCCGACCUGCGCAAGCUGGCCGUGAACAUGGUGCCCUUCCCGCGCCUGCACUUCUUCAUGCCGGGCUUCGCGCCGCUGACCAGCCGCGGCAGCCAGCAGUACCGCGCGCUCACUGUGCCCGAGCUCACGCAGCAGAUGUUCGACGCCAGGAACAUGAUGGCCGCCUGCGACCCGCGCCACGGCCGCUACCUGACCGUGGCCACCGUCUUCCGCGGCCCCAUGUCCAUGAAGGAGGUGGACGAGCAGAUGCUGGCCAUCCAGAACAAGAACAGCAGCUACUUCGUGGAGUGGAUCCCCAACAACGUCAAGGUGGCCGUGUGCGACAUCCCGCCGCGCGGCCUGAAGAUGGCGGCCACCUUCAUCGGCAACAGCACGGCCAUCCAGGAGCUGUUCAAGCGCAUCUCGGAGCAGUUCUCGGCCAUGUUCCGGCGCAAGGCCUUCCUGCACUGGUUCACGGGCGAGGGCAUGGACGAGAUGGAGUUCACCGAGGCCGAGAGCAACAUGAACGACCUGGUGUCCGAGUACCAGCAGUACCAGGACGCCACCGUCAACGACGGGGAGGAGGCUUUUGAGGAUGACGAGGAGGAGAUCAACGAAUAGAGGAGCUUCGCUAGCUCAGACGCUGAAGUGCACAUGUUCUUUCUCUAACCCUGGUGCAUCUUCCCCUGAUGGCCUCUGAAUGGUGCACUGGUCCACAGGCGUGGGUCUAGGCCCCUCGCAAAUGCAACGCAGUGGUAUUAACAGUCAUCUGGAAUAAAGACAAUACUUUAAAAUAGUAGGAGUUCUAACCCAUCAGAAGAUCAGACUACACAGAUUCUCUACUAGAGGACUUGAAAGAAAUAACUAAGGGGCCAUGCAAGGCUAAAGAAAUCAGCCUCACCUUGCAUUACGUGUUCAGUCACGUCUGAGAAUUAGCAGGGAAGUUAGUCUUUUUCAUCCUUUGUGAUGGAACCUGAAGCUGUGCAGUGUUGCCUUAUUUGAAUAUGCAAUAUGGAACUUUGAAACAAUCAAUUCAUAAUAAAAUACUAAACUUGUC